CGGCACCGUCUUAGGGUAUAGUGAAGCGAUCAACUUGCCGCCUGUCGGGGUUGGUAUUAUCAACUUCGCCAUUAUUUCCGAAAUUCAUAAAGAAAGAAAAAUCGGAUUGGAUAUCGAAAAUCCGAUAGGGGAGAGAGAGAGAGUUGGUUUAUAGACUGCAAAGCGAUGGAGGAGGAGACGGUGGCGGGUAAAGAGAUCGUCGGUGGAGGAGACGAUAUAAGCCCUAACACCAAUGACAACCGGAACAAAGUACAACCUGGAGGCUCAGGCUCUUCUUCAAAGCAAGGAAAAUCGUGCAAGGGAUGUCUAUAUUACUCAUCCACCAUCAAAUCCAAAUCUCGCAACCCUCUUUGUGUCGGCAUCACCCGUUCUCUUCCCCAAGUACCUCGCUACAUUGUUGGAGAAUCUGAGAUGGAAGCUUCUAAAGAGGGUAGGAACCUUACAGAGUUCAGGUAUGCUUGCGUCGGUUACUCGGUUUAUCCAGACAGAAAAAACCAAUCGACUGAUGUGCAAGAAUCACAAGCUGAGUUGCCAGUCUGUGUGGGCAUUGAGGUUUUGGUGGACAGAAGAGCUACCACAGCUGACUCUGUUCCUGCUCAUGUUCAUCACAGAGAAGGUGAUGGGAUUGCUGUGUGACCACUAGCCUAGGUCCUACUUCUCCAUAAAAUUGAAAUGUGGCACCAAUUAUUGAUACCUGUUGUCAAUGUAAGAGCAGAGGUGAUAGACACCAUAAUCACAAAAUUUGAUAUUUCUUCAUUUAUGGUCUUGCUAAAUAUUUCUCACAGAAGGUGACAAAAAAUGGGGCAACCAUGGCCACAUGACAUUGAAAAUGAAACUGAAGCUCGUCACAUGUGAGGCUAUCCAAAAUAUCUGCAGAACCUAAAAAGAAUCUGAUAGAGGUCUGCCGGCAAAGAAACUUGAAAAGCAAACCCUAACACUGGUGGUUCAACUUAGAUAUAUUGGUAAAUGGCAAUGAUUGUCAGCCUUCCUGCACAAAACUUUAUAUUCAUCUAUUCAACCAACAAAAAUUCAAAAUUAUCAUGCACCCACUUCAAAAGGGGAAAAAGGUGAUUCCGCUCUCCCCAAGUACACCAAAAGAUCUUGAAUUGAAGAUCAAGUGUUUUUUCUUGCUUGCCCCAGCUCUAAGGGGGCACAAGCACUUCAAUGAAAUCCAUUCAAGAAUGUAUUAAUGCCCCAUUCAUAUAUCUUGGUUACAAUAGUUGAUUGAUUUAAGUGAAAAUAGUGACCAAUUAUUUUUUUUCCUGCUUAGCUCCUUGGUGCCUUCUCUUUUCUUGUCGCAUUUACUUAUAGAGGAAAAAGAAAAAAAAAAAAAAAGAGGCUGUGUGUGCAGAGUUAAGAAGGCAAGGAGCAAAGACUGAUGUCAUGAAUUCUGUUUGGUGUCCAUUAAUGAGCAUCCAGCUUAUAAUGGCCUUGUCCAGGGCCAUUUGAUAAGCAGUAAUGAUUAAUCCAUCAUUAACAGAACUUAUGGUUCUUGAUAGACCUUGAGCAGUUGGGGCAAGGUUUUAGAUAGUUGACUUUAACGCUCUGAAAGAUGUUGAUAUCUGUUAACAUAGGCUCGGACUUGACAUUUCAUGCGUUAGUUGGAAUAUUACACCUAAUCUGCUUCUUGUUAGGAAUAUUACAAGGAUAUGUUCUCCUGUAGUCUCAUGAACUAAUUAAUGGAGUUGUUUUCUGUAGAUGGUCGUGGAUUUCCACAGCCUCGAUCGCAGAAGCCAACUCAUUCUGUAGG